UCCUUUGUCCAAUCUCAGAAAACAAUUCUUCACAAGAAAUAAAAAAAAAGAUGGCAACAAAACCAGAUUUCGCGCAGAAACUGCUGCAUGAUUUACGGCUUAGGAAGCAGAGGAUGGCCACUGCUCAGAACUCAGAUAUGCACGGGAAUUCGAGGCAAAACAUAAAAGGAUCCAGGGGAACAAAGACACUCGAGCCAGUUGGUCCUAAGAUUGGAAGCAGAUACAGAAACAGCAGCAAUAACCAGAAACCUCCUGCAACUGUACAAACUGCUAAUCAAUUAGUCCCUUAUGGUGGGGGCCAUCACUCAGGACAGGUAGCCGGCGUAUCUAUGGCUCUAUCCUAUGCCUUCGAUAACAGAGGAAAACUCAAAAAACUAGACAUUGCAGGCAACAACAGUGCAAUGACGAACAUGUUACAGCAAGUAGCAAGAAGAUCAAUGCAACAAAGUCUAGACAUACAAUGGCAAUCAACAACAAACGAAUUCACGCAUCUUCACAUUGAUGAGAUAGCAAAGGGAGCACAGAAAUUAAACCAAAUACUUAGAGCGUGCUCUAAUGGUGGCAUUAACAUUGAUGAAGGAUCCAUAGAGAUUGGUAAAGAUCUUUGGAAAGGAGCAAUGGAGUUGGAACAAUCACUCAGAAUGCUUGUGAGUUUGCAGGAAGCAUCAGAAAAAGGGCAAAGCCGACUUAAACUGCUUGAUGAAAAUGGAGAUAGUGAGGAUGAUAGUACUGUUAGCUCGGAGAAGCAAAGAAAACAGCAAGUGGAACGGCCUGUUUUCUCAUUUGACAAACGUUCUAAGAACACUAAACCAGCUUUACAACAAAGGGUUACAGCUAUUCCGUACCUAGAGGAGGAUCCACAUUCUAAUCCCGAGAGAAACAAACCAUUGAGACCGGAAGGUAGUCAUAGGCGUUCUGCUAGCUGUGGUUCAGAAAUUCAAACAUCUCAGCUAACAAGUUCCUUGAAAGUGAAACAGAAUGCAGCAAGGCUUCCGAAUGUUAUUGCAAAGUUAAUGGGACUUGAGGAACUUCCACAGAACAUAAACCAAAAGGUUGCCACAGAAAGUUCAAUUUCACAGCAUAGAAAUAGAGCAUUGGUUUCAGUUCAUACUGCUCAAAGAAGCUCUGAAAGUGCUGAAGUGAAGACAGAAUACUCCAAAAACGCCAAAAUCCAAGUUAACCAGAACAAAGUUCACAGCAGCAAAAUAACAAUAUUGGCGACUCACACAGAACUGCAAGAAGAAACAUACAGAUAUACCAACAAUCAUAAAACCAAAGAUUAUGUAAAAGAGUCAAAAGAAGCUAUCUUCAAAAUAAAUGAACUGCAAAGUAAAACUUUAUACCUAAACAAGGAUGGUAGGAGCCAAAAUGACAGCAGAAAAGUCAGAAGCAUGAAACAAAGGCAACAAGAAGGAGUUGCAGAUGAUGCCACAGAAACAUUACAAAGAAUGGCAACGCCGGAAAAUAGAACUAUUGUCAUGGCAGAAACAAUGCAGUCAUAUAUACCUGAUAACUACAAUGCCCGGGAAACACCAAAGAUAGCAGCAAGAAAGGCUCUAAUCCCUCAGUUAGAGAAGAACCAAGAUAUUCAACUACAUCAGAUAAACACGUUCAAUGAGCCUCAAGAAAAGAAGCUAAAAGCGGAAAACAGAAGCCAGAAGAUGGAGACUAAAAAAUCGAAGCUGAGGAAAAAGGAGGGAAAUGCAGAAAAUUUGCAGAAUUCGAGAAUAAUAGCAAGAGAUUUGAAGAUUGUGCAGAAACAGCUCCCCAUCAAACAGCCAAAUGCUGUGAAGAAGACAGAAGAUGUUGGAUUAGCAGAUUCAAAAGCUAUAUUGAGCAACAGGCAAAAAGAAGAUCCGGUAAUAGAUGGCAACUUCACGAACACAGAUAAUAAAACAAAGUACUCAGUGAGUUUAAGAUCAAAUCAAAGUGGCCCCCCAACAGAUGCGCUAUCUGACUCAAACAUGGAUGCAAAGUAUAUGCAUGAUUCAGCCAGAAAGGUGGUAAGUGACAUUAAACAACCCAAAAUUAGGCCUGUAAUAAUGAAGAAAGAUGAAGAAAUGACAAAGAAGGUCACAACUCCAAGGAUAACAGAAAGGGCAGUGAGGCCUCAGAGACCAACAUCAUACAGAUUGAAGCAAAACAAACCAGGAAAUCAUGAUACAAGCCAGCCGUCUAUUUAUGAGGAAUCUCAACAAAACAUUGUUGUUGAACAAACAGACAACAAAAAACAUACAGUCAGAGUCAAACCUUCACAUAGGCUGAAGGGAGCUACUAAACUAACUGCAGGUGACGGGGGUGAGAAUACAAUAUCAAUAGUCACUGAUGAUGAUCAACAGGAACUGGUACCUGAUGAAGACAAAACCACACUUCAAAUAAUAGCAACAGACGGCCAAGAGAAUUGCAAAAACAGUUCCUGUAGUCAACAACAGAAGCAGCUGAACCCUAUGAAGAUGGAAAAGGCAGAGCCACUAACAGAAGAUGAGCUUUUCUUGAAGCAGAAACUCAUAAAGAGCCACCUAUUUCUAAGUACAGCAGAGGCUCUGUUCAAGCUUAACAUUCCAAUGAGCAUUCUUAAUUAUGCAAGCGAUCAAAUUUGUGAAGAGAAAGAUAGCAAGAUCAUACUAGACUGUAGCUAUGAAUUUCUUAAAAGAAAAGGAAGGCAAGAAAUAUUCUUUUAUCCUAGCAUCAAUGUAUUCAUAACCUGCACAAAAUUCAGGUCUCUAGAUGAUUUGGUGAGGCAACUGCAUAAAGACUUUGCGGCUCUGAGAUCUUAUGGCAGAAACAGAAGGGGUGAAUAUGAUGAUUAUGCAAACUGUAUACUUAAAAUUCUGGAGAAUGAUAUUUUCAACAAGCAUCCUGACUUGAACUGCAUGUGGGACCUUGGCUGGAAUGAGUUGAUGUUUCCAUGUACCAAGAUGGAUGAGGUAAUAAGUACUAUAGAGCAGUUAAUGCUUGAAGAACUUGUGAAUGAGUUGAUAAAUGACUGCUUAUAGAUUGAUUUGUACAGCAUCUAUGAACAUAAAAUAACAGAAGAGUCUACUUUCUUGCUUUUAGUAAACAA